GUCACGUGACCCGGCGGCGGCUCCCGGCGCGGUGGACGCUGGAGGCCAAGAUGGCGGCGGAGCUGGUGGAGGCGAAAAACAUGGUGAUGAGUUUCCGAGUCUCAGAUCUUCAGAUGUUGCUGGGUUUUGUUGGCAGGAGUAAAAGCGGACUUAAACACGAACUAGUCACCAGAGCACUGCAGCUGGUCCAAUUUGACUGCAGCCCUGAGGUUUUCAAGAAGAUCAAGGAGCUCUACGAGACCCGUUAUGCCAAGAAAAGCUCCGAGGCCCCGCAGCCGCACCGCUCCCCCGAGGCUCUCCCCAUUCAUUCUUCGUACGAGCGCGGGAGCGCCGUGCCUCGGACUUCUAUCUCCACCCCCAACAUUGACUAUCCCACCCUCUAUGGGAAGUACCUGAACGGACUGGGCAGGUUGCCCCCCAAAGCUGUGAAGCCUGAAGUCCGCUUGGUGAAGCUCCCCUUCUACACCACCCUGGAUGAGCUGCUGAAGCCCACGGAGCUCGUUCCACAGAACAACGAGAAGCUCCAGGAAAGCCCCUGCAUUUUCGCCUUGACGCCGAGACAAGUGGAGCUGAUCCGAAACUCCAGGGAGUUGCAGCCCGGUGUGAAGUCGGUUCAGGUGGUGCUCAGGAUCUGUUACACAGACACCAGUUCCCCCCAGGAGGAUCAGUACCCCCCCAACAUCGCCGUGAAAGUGAACCACAGUUACUGCUCCGUGCCGGGCUACUACCCGUCAAACAAACCCGGGGUGGAACCCAAGAGGCCGUGCCGUCCCAUCAACCUCACCCACCUCAUGUAUUUGUCAGCGGCCACCAAUCGCAUCACCGUCACCUGGGGGAACUACGGGAAGAGCUAUUCCGUGGGGCUGUACUUAGUGCGGCAGAUGACCUCAGCUGAGCUGCUGCAGAGGUUGAAAACCAUUGGGAUCAAACAUCCAGAGCUCUGCAAAGCACUGGUAAAAGAGAAGCUACGCUUGGACCCAGACAGCGAAAUCGCCACCACGGGCGUCCGCGUGUCUCUCAUCUGCCCGCUGGUGAAGAUGCGGCUGUCUGUGCCGUGCCGGGCUGAGACCUGUGCACACCUGCAGUGCUUCGACGCCGUCUUCUACCUUCAGAUGAAUGAGAAGAAGCCCACGUGGAUGUGUCCCGUGUGUGACAAACCCGCGCCCUACGACCAGCUGAUAAUUGAUGGGAUUACCCUAAAGCCUUACGAGCAUCGAGCGUUUACUGCCUCACUCUGAUGAACCUGCACAAUUGGCUGCCCUGGCUGACAGAUGUCACGCUGCAUGGAAUAAACCCACUUUAUAAGCACACGAUAAGGUGAUUUUUGAUAGGAACCAUCUUCCUUUUCUCUUGCUGGUGUGAGCAGGCAGCGCUUGCCACGCUGGGAGCUUGGCUGGGGGGAUCUCUGCCAGCUUCUAAAGCAAACAGCUCCCGACAUGCAGUCCCUGAGGCAGAAGUGCAGGUGCAGCGUUUGCAUCAGGAACGUUAUCUCUGUCUUCUGCGUGGUGCUGUGAAAGCAUUGCAGGGAAUUGGAGCAGAGCGAGGCAAGAAACGCCUGUGCUGAGCCCCGGCUGUGAGUUUGGCAGGGGCAGCUCCAGCCCUGCCACACAACCCUCGUCCCGGUCCGUGUGGGAGUGCUGCUCCCUCUGUCUCUGCACCAGAGUUGUUGGCUUGCUUUCUACCAAGGAGAGCUGUGGUUCUCCGAGGCGAGGAAAGCCGGGCGCCCUGUGGCAGGGCAGCAGUGCCUGGAGGUGCUCAGCAGCCCGGUGCCGCUGUGCGGCUGCAGCUCUCCCCCUCCUGGUGACGGAGCCACCUGCAGUGAGCAGAGCAGAGCUGCGUGGAGGCCCGGCUCCCAUGUGGGAGCGAAGGAAGGCGGCGCAGUGGGCGCUGUGCUGAGCUGCGGACUGGGAUCGCCCAGCUGUGUAAUUGACCUUCAGUGCGGCGUCACUGCAGUGCUGGGAUGGCAGAGGGUCAGCGCAGGGCCGUCCCGUGGCUGUGCUGGCAGUGCUCUGAGCGCUGCUGUGUCUGUCAGAGCUGCUCUCGUCCCGCGGUUGGGGCUCCGUGUUGGUAAAAUUGCGCUCCGGGUGGCUGUGCUGAGCUGUGGGGCUGCCCACGGGGCUGUGUGUGCGUCCUGUGGGGCUGAGCAGUGCUGCAGGACGCCGUUGUGGAGGUGGGUGGCUGCUGCCGUGGCUGCGGGGAGUGAAAAGAGGCAGCAGGGUGCUGUGUUGGGAGCAGUGGGUGCUGGUGUGGGACAGGAGCGUGAGGCCGUGCGCUUCCUCAGGUGAAGCCUGGGGAGCCGCCAGCUCACAAACGGCCUCGGUGGGGUCUGGGUGCCUGGAGCCCCUUUGGAGGUGAAAUGCUCCUCUGAUGGCAUGUGAGGAAGCUGCCGGUCUGUGGCUGCGAAUGGCGGCGCUGUCGGUGCGGGGCAGGUGCAGCUGUGAGUGUGGAGCAUUGAUUCCCUGCCAGCCAACCCGGACCCACGGGGCCCUUCCUCCCACCCAGGCUGCUGUCGAAGAUCCUGACUGAGUGCGAGGAUGCGGAUGAGAUCGAGUACCUGGUGGAUGGCUCCUGGUGCCCCAUCCGAGCCGAGAAG